AUGUCUAAACAAUACUUGACUCCGGAACAGAUCAACACUUUCCAAGAAGAAGGAAUGCUCUGCAUCCCGAAUUUCCUUUCCCAUGAUCAAACACAAGCACUUCUCAAACGGUCCAAAGAUCUUCUUCAGCAAUGCGAUCUAUCAACGCAUCCCAAGACCACUUUCAAAACCUCUGAUGACGACCAUAUAGGCGAUACCUACUUUUAUGAGUCGGCAGACAGAAUCUCAUACUUUUUUGAUACUGAUGCAUUUAACACACAAGGUGAAUUAACAAAACCGUUGGACAAAGCCAUCAACAAAAUAGGCCAUGGAUUGCACAUCCACGAUCAAAUCUUCAAUGAAGUUACAUUUGACACAAAUGUAAAACAGAUUGCCACCGAUCUUGAGUAUAAAGAGCCCAAAGUAUUGCAAUCAAUGUGCAUCUUCAAACAACCAGUAGUGGAUGAAAAUGCAAGUUUGGACAAAACUGAUGAAAGGGAUAAUGCAGUUCCGCCACACACUGAUGCAACCUUUUUAUAUACAAAGCCAACACAAACAGCAAUGGGAUAUUGGUUUGCUUUAGAGGAUUGUACUGAAGAAAAUGGAUGUUUGAAAUAUCUACCUGGAACACACAAGAAAUAUCCAGUUACAAAACGAUUUGUGAGAUCGAAAGGAUUAGAAGGUGGAUGUCAGUUUGAACAAGUGGCCAAUGAUGUUCCAAUAGAGGAGACCGAGAAAGACUACGUCACUGUACCAUGUAAAGCUGGUUCCUUAAUUUUAAUAAAUCAUUCAGUAUUGCACAAGAGUGAAAAGAAUAGACUGAGAAACUCAAGAUACGCUUAUGCUUUCCAUAUAAUCGAAGGAACAGCAGAGUAUGAUGAAAAGAACUGGCUUCAAGUACCAUACUCUGGAGGAUCGGAUUUUUCGAGAUUGUUAUAA